GGAUUAUGAUGGAUGAAUAUAUGGACUAGGCUAAGUUUGAAGCAAUGGCAGUAUGUUGUAUCCUAGGAGUUGGACAACUUGUGGCAUGGAACACGAUCCUCACCAUUUCCGAUUAUUACUACCAAGUCUUCCCGGAGUAUCAUCCUUCGAGGGUUCUUACUUUGGUUUACCAGCCAUUUGUCCUUGGAACUAUAUGCAUCUUGGUUUUCAUGGGAAAAACGAACAAAAAUCAAAAGAGGAUUACAAUCGGCUAUACUAUUUUCUUUAUCGGCACUCUUCUUUUGAUUAUUUUGGACUUGGUAACCAAAGGAGCAGGAGAUUUAUUUGUGUACAUAGUUUUGUGUUCGAUUGUUGCAUGUUUUGGAAUAGCUAAUGCUCAUGUUGAAGGUGCCAUGGUCGGAGAGCUAUCUUUCAUGUGCCCCGAAUUUAUUCAGUCAUUCAUCGCGGGUCUUGGCAUAGCAGGGGCUAUAACAUCUGCUUUGAGGCUUCUUACCAAAGCAGUAUUCGAUAGAUCUCCCAACGGUCUUCGAAAAGGCGCUUUGUUGUUUUUGGCAUUUUCGACCUUGAUCGAGUUCAUUUGCAUUGUUCUCUACGUACACAUUUUUCCAAAGCUAUCACUAGUAAAGUAUUACUAUGCGAAGGCUGAAUCAAUCCAUCGAGAAGCGGAAGAAAAACAAACCAGUCGGCUAAGCAACAAAGAGUUGCUCUAUCAAAACAGGAACCUUGCAAUCAAUCUUUUCCUCAUCUACACCUUAACAUUGUCGAUAUUUCCUGGAUUUUUGUAUGAGAAUACUGGAGAACAUAAGCUCGGUUCAUGGUACCCUCUUGUACUUGUUGCUUCGUAUAAUGGGUGGGAUGCUUUCUCAAGAUAUAUUCCUCUUAUUGAACACCUAAAACUCAAAUCGGAACAAUGGAUCACUGCUUACACCUAAAAGCAACUACAAUGUUUUGGAGACGAAUGCUUUGGGAAAUUUGCUGGUAGGUUUUAUGUUAGGAGGGAUUUUUGCAGGUGUUUGCCUCGGUUGGCUUUGGCUACUAGGAACCAAUAGUUCCUUUUAGAGAGA